UUUAAUUUGUUUACAGCUAGCUACUACUUUUAACCUAACUACAGCCAUGCUGAAAGAUUUUGUUCCUGAGAUUGCUCUGCAUUGCCUGACAGCUUGCCCAGUGCUUCUGAAACUGAUGGCUACAUCACCACCUGUUGUCAUUUUGCAGUCCGACACAUGCAGACUGUGGAUCACUGGGUCUGUAGAGGUGUUUGCUGUUCUGCCAAAUUCAACCAUCCAGUACAUCUUUACAGGGAAUCUAACAACAAGUACCAGAGGCAAUUUGACAGUAAUCAAACAGAAGCUGAUCAUCUCAUUACUUCUGAAGAGGCUCCAGUUCUCCCUGCUGCACUCUGCUGUUAGAUUCUCUCAGGUAAGUUAACAGUUUCAGUGCCUAGGACAGGUAGAUGAGCCCUGAGUUAAAAGCAGUUCAGCCAAACUUGUUGCUGGACAAUUCUCCAUCUGAAUUCGAAAUAUCAUCUGCCACUGCUCUUUCUGCUUUCAAAUACAUUACCUGUUUUGUUUGUUUGUUUGUUUUUCUUCCUAGUACCAAUAAAUAACUCUUGGAGUGUUUCCUUUAUCAACAGAGACACCAGAUAUUCUUAUUAUCAUGCAACAUCAAUUGGAACAGGGAGAAGUGUCUGCCUAGACUGCAUGACCUAGUCUGCCAUCACAAUUGAUUUUACUGGCUUCUGCAUCCAGCAAGACAAAGGCAGGC